CACUGUUGAUGGUGGAGAAGGUGUUUUGGAGUUCUCAGUUACUGCCACUAUGGACUUUGAGAUGUGGGGAGAGAUUUUUGAUGAAGAUGUGGCGACUCAGUACAUGAUAGAACAGAGUCUUCCAGGAAACAAUAAUCAGACUGAAUUUAAGGACAUCUUAUCUGCAGAUGGAUGCAGGAUAAUACAAACUAGUCCAGAAAGGGAUAAAAUAUCCAGUGCCAUUAAACGAGGUGAUGAAGCUGAGCUUCGUAAGCUCACAAUCCACCAGUCUGCUUUCUCUGAGGAGGACAGUGCCGGCCAGAUUCCCUUACAUGAGGCAGCAAUGCAGAACAACCAGUACAUCCUGGAGAUCACUUUCAAAGCAUCUUCCACAGACGCAAAGUCUAGAAUAACUCAUCGGGGCAAGACAGCCCUCUUUUCAGCUAUAGAGAAGGGUCUCUUGGAAAAUGCCUGCUACCUUUUGGACAACGGGAGCAGCCCAGAUUGCCUGGAUCAUGAUGAAGACUCACCUCUUUUCAUUGCUAUACGAAACAACCACUAUGACAUGAUGAAGCUCCUUCUCUGCUUCAAGGCCAACGUAAACCAAAAGUUGGCGCACUGUAGAACGGCCAUUCAUGAAGCUGCUCAUUUGGGCCUGACAGAUUUUGCAAAGUUGCUGCUAAAGUCUGGAGCUGAUCCUGAUCCCAGGAGCACAGACGGCCUCACGCCUCUGGCCCUGGCAGCGCAAGCUGGCCACCUGGAGAUAGUGCAGGAACUCCUAUGCCGAGGGGCUUAUGUGGAUUCUCAGGAUCAAGACAGUGCUACUAUCCUUUAUGAAGCUUCUGCAUCCGGGAACCCUGAUGUCAUCUCUCUGCUGCUGGAGUAUGGUGCUGAUGCUAAUAUACCCAAACACUCAGGCCACCUCCCGAUCCACAGAGUGGCCCAUCACGGAUAUGUGAAAGCUCUAGCUCUCCUGAUCCCUGUGACCACACGGGAAGCAGUGGAAGAGAGCGGCAUGAGCCCCCUGCACUCGGCAGCAGCUGGUGGACAAAUACAGUGUCUCAAGAUGCUCCUCAAUGCCGGCUAUGACCCCAACUUCAUGCUUCACCCUCGGGUGAGGCGCAAUUAUGACGACCAGCGCAAGUCCGUCCUGUACUUCACAGUAACCAAUGAAGAUAUGUGCUCCACCAAGUUGCUCCUGGAGGCUGGUGCAAUGCCCAACCAGGACCCAGUAAAGUGCUUGCAGGUGGCCUUGCGCCUAGGAAACUACCAACUGAUCGAUACCCUGCUGAGGUAUGGUGCCAACGUCAAUUACUUCUCCAGGGUGAACACCACGCACUUCCCUUCAGCUCUGCAGUACGCCCUGAAGGAUGAGGUUCUGCUUAGGAUGCUCCUUAACUAUGGCUACGAUGUGCAGCGCUGCUUUGACUGUCCAUAUGGGGACAGCGCUCACGUGCCUGAUGAUUAUAAGGGCUGGAGCAGUACUGUUAUCAAAGAUACUAUGUUCUGUGAGGUGAUAUGUGUUGACUUUCUGAAGCACCUCUCUGGAAGCUUGGUCCGUAUCAUGCUAGAUUAUGUUGACCAUGUCAGGUUUUGCUGCAAAAUUAAGGCAAUUCUGAUGGAGCAAAAACAGUGGCCAGAAAUCUGCAAAAUUCAAGAGAACGUGCGCUGCUUGCAGCACCUGUGCCGACUAAGGAUCAGGAGAUGUUUGGGACGGCUGCGUCUCAGAGCUCCAGUCUUCAUGAGCUUCCUGCCUCUGCCGAACUACCUGAAGGAAUACAUCUUAUACAAAGAGUAUGAUCUUUAUAGCCAGAGUUGCUAGGAACAGUUAAAAUCACGCAGAACUGUUCUUUAUUCCUACAAAUGUUUGUGUGAACAGCUGGGCUACUUUUAGCACCUAAAUAAUUGUGAAUAUGUAGAUCAGUGUAUAGAUUGGCAUUAAUGAACACAUUCAAAUGAAGCUGUAAUUUUGUUUGUUAAGAUGCUGUCUAAAUUAAUCAUGUUACAUGCGUUUUGUAUUAAGAAGAUAAAUAUACAGAGUAGAGGUCGACCGAUACUGGAUUUUACCAAUACCAAUAACUAAUUUAAAGUAAAGUAAGUAACUAAAGUAAAGUAACUAAGUAAAAAAUGUUAUUAUGUGUUUAUUACAAAAAGAAACAGUACUGAC